AUGAAGAUAGUCACUUGGAAUGUGAGGGUAUUCAAUAAGGUACAUAAGCAGAAGGAGAUGAAAAUUUUCUUGAAAAAACAUAAAAUUAGUCUUAUAGCUAUAGUAGAACAUAGAGUACAGUCCAAUAAAGAAAGAGAGAUCAUCAAUAAAUGUGCACCUGGAUGGAGUUGGUGUUCUAAUAGCUCAGAUACUGAAAAAGGGAGAAUAUGGAUUCUAUGGGACACUACUAGUAUUCAGUUCACUCUGAUUGAGAAGCAUGCUCAAUACAUCCAUGGAAUAGUUGAAAACAGUUGUUCUAGCAAACAAAUUGCUUUUACAGCCAUAUAUGGACUACAUACCAUUGCUCAUAGGUGUGACAUGUGGGAAGCUCUAAGGAGUAUAGACUCUCAGUUAACAAACUCCUGGCUUAUCAUGGGAGAUUUUAAUGCAAUAAGGGAUAUUGAAGAUAGGGUGAAUGGCACAGUGGUACAGGAAAAUGAGAUCAAAGACUUUAGAUCUCUAAUGGAGGACUGCAGUUUGAAUGAACUGGGUACUAUGGGUAGAGAUUAUACAUGGACAAAUAGCCAUGUUUAUAGCAGAAUUGAUAGAGCCCUAGUCAAUGCACACUGGAUGAUAAACAUGCCUCCAGUGCAAGUCCAUGUGAUGGAUCCUCAGUUUUCUGAUCAUUCUCCUUUAUGUAUAGAGUUGGAAGCAGAACCAGAACACAAAGGGAGACUUUUCAAGUUUUUUAAUUGUCUUGCCGAGCAUCCAGAUUUUGAUAGUGUUAUUAGAGACAGCUGGAACAAGGAGAACAGAAAUAUAAAGGAUAUCUGGAACAAUCUAAAAAGUGUCAAAGUGGCCCUUAAGAGUCUGAACAAAAAGGAAUUUACUAGUACAACAAGCAAGGUUCAGCAAUUGAGGGAGGAGUUAGCCAGCAUUCAAGCACAAAUAGGACCACCACAAUAA